AUGUUCGGAGGCAGUGAGACGCUGAGACAGACAAAUAGAGCAGAGAAAAUGGUGGGAGUGGCUGUGGUUGGUCAAUGGACUCUCUGUAUCGCAUCGCCGUCGUCUUCUUCAUCGUCGCCGCGAAGAAACUCGGCAAUUCUCAGUUCACACUGUUCUACAACCACUGUUAACUUCCGCACUGAGUUGGCCGCGUUUCGUCCUCAGUUCCGUCUUUUCUCCCGCAUUUCUCCGUCCCGCCGCCGUCUUUGCGCUUCCAGCUCCGCCGAUUCGGGAAUAUUCCUCCAUCACCUUGUCGCAUCUAUGGAGCAAGUUGAGGAGACAUAUAUUAUGGUGAAACCAGACGGCAUACAACGAGGCCUUGUUGGAGAAAUCAUCUCUCGUUUCGAGAAGAAGGGAUUUAAACUGAUUGGACUGAAGAUGUUCCAAUGCCCAAGAGAAUUGGCUGAGGAACAUUAUAAGGAUCUAAGUGCUAAAUCAUUCUUCUCUAGCCUGAUUGAGUACAUCACCUCAGGCCCAGUUGUGUGUAUGGCUUGGGAAGGUGUUGGUGUUGUUGCUUCAGCCAGGAAGCUAAUAGGGAAAACAGAUCCUCUUCAAGCUGAACCUGGUACUAUAAGAGGAGAUCUUGCUGUACAAACCGGAAGGAACAUUGUGCAUGGUAGUGACAGCCCUGAAAACGGAAAGCGUGAGAUUGCUUUGUGGUUCAAAGAAGGCGAGCUAUGCGAGUGGGACUCGGCUCUAGCUUCAUGGCUAAGGGAGUGA